AUCACAACAGAAUAGUGUACAAUAGGAGCCACAACUCAUUCCAUUUGGGGGGGAAGCAAAGCGAAAAGUUUAAUCAAGUCCUGGAAAAUGUCUAGUCUAACAAAUGACAUGUACUACGCAGAAAUAUCUUGUCCCGAAAGAAGGCGCACGAUUCUGCGAGGCUUCUUUAGCCCCACGAUCGAAAACAUUUUCGAUGCAGCCGCUCAAAUUGGCAUCACGGGCCAGUAUUUGAUCAGUGCUAAGGACAACACCAUCAUUGGGGACAAGUUCGCGUUGCGCUAUCUUCUGGAGCGGAACCACAUGAUCCUUGUGUGCGACUCCUUGGAUUAUCGCCACCCCGCAAAGGUUUCCCUAGAAGUUGCCGGCGAAACUACCACCGAAGAGGAGCAGCCUCUGCAGUUGGAUAUGGAACAGGACCUGGAGGACCUGGAGCUCACAAGUUCGGAGAAGGAAAUGUUGCACCGGGUGGUCGGCUGGGCUGUUUAUCGACUUCAGCAAGUUCCUCUCGAGACAAACACACUCGGCAUCAGGGAGUCAUCGACCAGGUGGUUGAACGCAUUCAGAAAGUUCCUCUCGAGACAAACACACUCGAGCGUCUAAUAUGAAUAUAAAUUCAAAAUUAAAUGCUCCCCCCUGUACGACCGAAUAAAGCUGGCGGCUAUCUGUUUUAGAUAGUCGAGGUAUCUUUCA